UCAAAGGCUGGGACUUUAGUCCGGUCGCCUCGUGAACGCGCGUCCCCCGUGCACGAGCAGCCCUGUUUGUUUGUGUUGAGAGAUUGGAAAUGGCGGAGAGCAGAGAGGAGAGCGAUAACUUGGUUUAGCAAACGCAACUGCACCGCCACCGACACGCACAAACCCGCGAGCGUGAUCCACUGAGUCCCCCGCCAUUCGCUGCUGCCGACCGGACUCGCGUGGCCCCCACGGACGGCGUGAAAAACGGAUAUUUGGAGCGAGAUUUAGCAAAAGCUUGGCUAGCUGGCUGAGCUAACCGAGCUAGCAGCCUGGCUAACUUCACGUCGUGUGUGAUUUCGACCACGCAGGCUUGUUUGUCAACAAAAGCUGACGUUAAAUUGACAGCGAGCCAGCUUACAUACAACUUCUGGAAAGUUUCCAGAUUAACCCACGCGUGUUUUUAACAUGGUCGCGACGCUUGACCGCAGUAUUAUCAACCUAAAGUAGGAGAGGAUAAAAAAAAAAAGUGAGACAGCUGAGUGAGUAUCCUUGCUGCGACCAAGCAGUAGGUUAAGCUGGUUAGCCAAGUUAGCCGACUGGCAUUGGUUUAAGCUGGGAAGUAAUCAACGGAACCGGACGGAUCUGCGGAACCAAGCCGAACCGGAGCCCGAACAGAGGCCGGCUGGCUUCUCCCUGCACCUGGGAUGGUGCCAUGUGACGGUACGGCGGCGGAGCCCUAACCUCGCCACCGGCGCUCCAUCACCUCGACUUUAAGCCGUUCGCCCUCCAGUGACCUCACCUGCAGAGUCCCCUUCAUUCCUUUUAUCUGUGGAGAGAGCCCAGAAAAAGGCCCCCAAAGCCACCACAUGACUCAUUCACUGGAGCCCUAGACCAAGUAGAUCAGUCUAAGCUGAAAAUGAGUGCGGUCGGGGAAAGCCCCCUGGACCCAGCCACGCCAGAGUCACGCAAGAGGAAGGGCUCGCCAUGCGAUACAUCGGGGCAAAGUGUGGAGAAGCGGAGGCGGGAGCUGGAGUGCCGCUACAUCGAGGAUCUGGCUGAGCUGGUGUCGUCCAACAUGGGCGACAUUGCCAGUCUGAGCGCCAAGCCAGACAAGUGCCACAUCCUGAGGAGCACCGUGGACCAAAUCCAGCAGAUCAAACGGCGGGAGCAGGAGAAAGCAGCUCUUCUGUCUCCAGACGACGACGUGCAGAAGAGCGACGUCUCCUCUAGCAGUCAGGGUCUGGUGGAGAAAGAGGCGCUGGGGCCCAUGCUGCUGGAGGCCCUGGACGGAUUCUUCUUUGUGGUCAACCGCGAGGGCCGCAUCGUCUUCGUUUCUGAGAACGUGAUCGGUUACCUUGGCUACACCCAGGAAGAGCUGAUAAACUCGAGCGUCUACACCAUCCUCCACGUGGGAGACCACAAUGAAUUUGUCCGCAAUCUGCUGCCUAAAAGCCUCGUGAACGGAGCACCGUGGCCGCAGGAAGCCGGCCGCAGGAACAGCCACACCUUUAACUGUCGCAUGCUGAAGCGGCCGCCGGACGAGGCGGACGCCGAGAACCUGGAGGCGCGGCAGCAGUAUGAGAUCAUGCAGUGCUUCACCGUGUCGCAGCCGCUGCCCGUCCAGGAGGACGGAGACGACUUGCAAAGCUGCCUGAUCUGCAUCGCCUGUCGGAUUCCACGCACCGAGUCUUUUAUUACAAAGCAGGACCCGGCAGGGAAGAUCAUCUCCAUAGAAACCAGCGCUCUGCGUGCGACAGGCCGGCCUGGCUGGGAGGACCUGGUCAGGAAGUGCAUCUACGCGUUUUUUCAGCCGCAGGGAAAGGAGCCCUCGCAUGCCAAGAAGCUGCUGCAUGAAGUGAUGGCCCACGGCACCGCCAUCAGCCCUCUGUACCGAUUCACGUUAAGUGACGGGACGCCGCUCAGCGCUCAGACUCGCUGCAAGUUCUGCUGCCCACCAAAACCCGACGUACAGCCCUUCAUCAUGGGCAUCCACACUAUUGACAGGGAACACAACACUGCUAGCUCUCAGGAAAACACUAACCCCAGCCUUCCUCCGACCCCCAGCAGUAUUGCUCACACCCCGUCCCGGUCCCCUUCGCUCCCCCCCGGCAGUAACUCAAACCAAGGCUCUGUCCUUCACGCCAACAACAGCGGACACAACCCCCCCACACCAACAGGCUACCUUACGCCCAACCGGACGAACUGCCCCCAGGAGGUCAGCAGUCCCUCGGCUCUCAGCAGCCCUCACACAGCCACCUCUACCUCGUUUAUGUCGCCCAGGAUGCCGCGAGCCAGUCCAGGGCUGGGGGGAAGCCCUCGGGUCCCGGGGAACCCCUUUUCCCCCUCCACGCCGGGGCUCCAGUCCCCUUCGGGGGCACUGAGCAGCGGUGGGUCGGCAGGCUCUUUCCCCCUGUCGUCUCCUGGACUUCAGAGACAAGCCAGUAUGCCCACCGGCUCCUCCACUCGCCCGCUGUCGGCAAAGCCCCAAAAGGGAGCGGGAGACGGGGGAGAGGACUCGAAUAAGGCCCCCCUUCCAUCUGCCUCACCACUGGGGAACCCCAGACUCAACCAGCUCCUGGACAGCAGUGUCACAGGAGCUGAAUCCAACAACAACAACUCAUCACCUCAUCCUCCUCACCCCUCCCUGGGUCCUCAGUGCCCCGCUUCCCACAGCAGUCUGACGGAGCGGCACAAGAUCCUGCACCGGCUGCUCCAGGACAGCAGUCCCAACGACGCCGCCUCCACCGCCGCCGCAGAGGACGGAGGGAAUAAAAAUGAAGUUGAGAUCAAGAAGGAGCCGCCAGUCAGUCCGGCGCUGAGCACAGCGUCCCACAAGUCCAACCCCAGAGAGCCGCAGGACCACCAGUUACUGCGAUUUCUCCUGGAUACGGACGAAAAGGACUUGGGCGACCUUCCCCCUCCGUCAGCCCUGAGCCUCCAGACGGUCCGGGUGAAGGUGGAGAAGAGAGCCAGUGGCGACGGCCUCACCUGCUCGGGUUCGUCCAUCCCAGCCGGCGGGACGCCCAAACUACCAGGAGUCCCUGUCGGCUCGGCUGGCGCCAGCCCCAAAUCCAGUCUUCUGGGAGAGAACCGCAGAGACUCCACGUUACCUAUUGGACCUGCUGAUCCGGACGCUCUCAGCCAGCUUCUGCCCGGCCUCAGAGGUCCGCUCGGAGCCAAACAGGGCAGCGAGGAGUCUGUGAAUCCCGGCGGAGGCACACAGCUCCACUCUCCCUCCACGCAGCUCCCAGCUCUGCUCCAGUCCCCAGUGCCUCAGCUCCAGUCGCCCCUGUCCCAGCCUCAGUCUGUCCCCCAGCUGCAAUCCCCGUCGCCACAGCUGCACUCCCCGUCCCACCAGGUCAAGCUGCAGUCCCCCACUCACCUGCAGUCCCCCACUCACCUGCAGCCCGGUGAGGUUUGCACUCCCCGCAACGUAAAUGUGAAGAGAGAGCCGCCAGGGACUCCGAACAGAGGACUUGUUGAUGGCGUCCCGACCUCAGGCUGCAGCCUCCAGACACAGCCAUCGUUUGAUUUUUGCAACCCUGCCACUCCAAGCCAACAACAGGGAGACUUCUUCCAGACCCCCAAGGAUAGCAGUCCUUUUCCAGAGACUGAAGUCAUCAACCCUUUUGCUCCGAGUACUGGGCUGACGAAGAUGGAUGUGGGAGAUUCCCAGUUCCAGCCUCUGGCUCUGACUGACACUUUGUCUUUUGAUGGACAUGGAACUCCUUUACAAUCCUCAUUAGCGUCACCACAAGAACAGCGUGUGCCAUGCACGCUGGACGAAGAGCUGGGCCCGCCGACCACGCCUGAAGCCCGAAACGAUGAGAAGGCUCUGAUCGAGCAGCUCGUGUCCUUCCUGAGCGGGACGGACGAGAGCGAACUGGCCGAACUGGACAAGGCCCUGGGUAUCGACAAACUGGUUCAGGGUGGCUGCUUUGACCCUUUCCCCCAAAAUUUCCCACCCCAGCAAUCCACUGCCACCCCGGUUUCCAUGGACCCCAAACCGCUCUCCUACACCUCCCAGUUCCCUCCAGCUUCACAGGCUCCAUUUCCUCCAGAGCUGGCCGCGGUGGGGCAGCAGGGCGUGACAUUCGGAGUCCCCCGCGGGGCCUUCCCCAUGGGGCUGAGGCCUGGCAUGACCAGACCGCAGGGAAUGGGCCCCCAACUCAGGCUGCCACCCAACCAACUGCGGCUGCAGCUGCAGCAGAGACUGCAGGGCCCGCAGCAGCUCCAGAACCGACUGGCAGCCAUGAAUUCAUUUCCAGGAGGAUCCCAGCAAGUGAACAUGGGGGUCCGACAGGCGGUCCAGUUACCCCAAAUGUCCUCACAGCCGCCGCUGAAUGCCCAGAUGCUAGCGCAGCGUCAGAGGGAGCUCUACAACAUCCACCACCGGCAGCAGCAGCAGCAGCUCCUCCAGCACAAGGUCAGGCUCAUGAGACAGAACAUGGUGGCGGGCUCGCUGGCCGGGGGCCCGGGAACCCCCAGGGCACCAAAAGGCCCCCCAACGACGUCUCAGCAGCAGUUCAGCUUCCCGCCGGGGUUUGCCCCGAUGGCAGGCAGCACCCCUACCUCACCGAGUCACUUCAGCUCCUCUACGGGGGCCCCGUUGGACACCAAGAUGUCCGCCAGGGGGCCCCUGAGCAACCAGUCGCUGCUGGGUGGCUUACAGGGCCAGUUUGACGCCGGGAACCCAGGGCUGUUUCAGCAGUUUGGAGGAUCUGCUGCGGUGCAACAAGACCCCCCAUUUCCUCCUGAGAUGAGCCCCACAAGCCCAUUGUUAUCACCUCAGAACUCCACCUCCCAGAGUCCCCUGCUUCAGCAGGCACCAACUCCUGGCUACCAGUCACCAGACAUGAAGAGCUGGCAGCAGACAGGCCUGGGCAGCCUGUUCAGUCAGUCAGGACAGAGUGCAGGGCAGGCGUUUGGCCAGCAGGGGGUGUACAACAACAUGAGCAUCACCGUCUCCAUGGCGGGAGGCACAGGCGGCGUCAGCUCUUUACCUCCAAUGGGACAGGCGGUUGGGAUGAGCAACAGUAACCUCAACAACGUCAGCUCAGUGUGCAGCGACCAGCAGGUGCAGCAGGUCCAGGUGUUUGCUGACGUCCAGUGCACGGUAAACCUUGUCGGCAGCGACUCCUACCUGAACCAGGGCUCGAUGGGGGCUGCGGCUCCCCAGAAGGGCCCCGUUCCCCAGGGCUCGCAGGCCACCCAGGCCCAGCAGAAGAGCCUCCUCCAGCAGCUCCUCACUGAGUGACGCCCGCCCCAUCCCGUCAGCUCUCCCGCUCCCUCCCACUGUUCUUUACCGCCGCCGCUGCUUUGGAGGCCGGCGCACCAGACCCAUCGCUGUCUCUGUCUCACCUUUUGGACGGACCGGACGGAGUCAGCGGGUGUCGGUGGAGGGGCCUGGUCACUUCACCGGGCCAGAACCUAAAGGAGCAGCGGUGUUAUUUAAACCUGCCUGUCUAAUCUGUCUGACAACCUGUCUGUCUGCCUCAGCCUAUUAAAGGCAGUGUUGUCUUGCUGCUCAUUUCUCGGUGACCUACUUCCUGCUUCCUGACCCAAGACAAAACAACUGCGACGUCAUUGUAGAUUUGCCAGGUUUUCGUCACUGUCGAAUCAGGGCCGACCUCCUCUUUCUUUCUUCAUUUCUUUUUUGUUUUUUCUGUCUUGAUGACGGGAACUCCCGCACAUCCACAGCACCUCUUGCUUUUUAUCUCCCUUUGUUUGUCUCGUUUCCGUUCGUCUCUUUCUCUCUCAGCGAUGUGGGAAUGUUAAGGUUUCAGACCUCAGCGGCAUUGUGGGAUAGAAGCUCAGUAUCAGCUGGUUCUGGGACUGGUCCUCUCUAUCUGCUGCAGUGCCUGGUGGAAGUGCGAGUUUCUCCCAAGCUCUGCUUCUUCUUUUUUUUUUCUAUUCUGGUUUUAUUUUUUAUGUUUUGGGUUGUUUAAAAAAAAAAAUCUGCUCUCUCUCCGUCAUCAUCAUCAUCAUUACGACCUCCAGAACAAGCUUUGACACCAACCGGGACGGACAGAUGAAUGGGAGUCAGAGGGGAUGCUGCUCAGUUUUGAACUUAGAUGUCUUUCUUUAUUUUUUAUUUCUGUCAGAGUAUAAAAACAGACUGUUAUGAUUAUUUAACUCUUGUCCGUCACAUUUUAGCCUCACCUCAGCAGAUGUGAAUCCAGAAGUCCUCUCCUCCUCUCGUUCUCUUUCACGGUUCCUCUCAGCCUAUCAGUGUUGUUUGCCACGUGCAUCAUGCAGGCGGGUAGUAUUUGUACAUUACAGAAGGACAAAGACUUUGGGGGUGAGCUAACCUAUUAUCUUGUAACUGCUUUCCUUUUGAGAUAAAAAGAAAUGUAAUUAAUUGAAUACUCAGAAAAAGAAAAAUGUAUAAUUUGAUUCGAUCCAUUUAUUUUAUUUUAUUUUUUAUUAGAUUUAAAUAAGUUCUAAUAAUGUCUGCUCAUUUUUGAGAUUUUUUUGACAUAUUGUGACACAGCUACAUGUUGCAGUGGAGGAGGAAGUUAUUCCAGCUUCUAAAAAUGUGAAAUUUUAAGCAAUUUGACUUUGAAAAAAAUUAGAUAUUAGUGGCUCCCUGUUUUUUUUUUUUUCAAACAUGAAUAGUUUUAUUUUCCAGGGAGCUAGUUAGCCAUUUUUAUUUUGCUUUCUCCUGUUUUUGUACAAAAAACAGCACAUUUGUUUGUAACCAUUGUAUAAAAAUUAUAAUAAUAGCCCAAGUUGCAUCGUUUGCUGCCCCGUGCCGCAGCAAAUGACGCGCUUUCCGUUAUUGUUCCCAUAUAUAAUGAAAUUUAAGUAGAGGCUUUAGCGUUAGAACUUCCUAACAAAGAUUUGUGAUUGGUGAUUAAUUUAAAGAUGUCAGGAAUUUGAAUCGAGCUUUGCUCCUGUUUAAACCAUGUUCAUCCAAUCGGGAAUUCCUCUCCCUCCGCCUCUGAUGACGUCACUCCGCUGGCUGCUCACAUGUACAGUUUUCUGUUGACUACUGUUGAUCGGUCAUACACUGUCUCUCAAAGUCAUAACAGACAUAAGGAUUGAAAAUAAGGAAGAAAAUCCACUUUUUGUUAUAUAAAAACAUCCCUGCUGAGACGUUGCCUUUAAAUAUCUUAAAUUGUUGCAGACGUAGAAAAAAAAAUGCAGUUUUCAUUUUAUACUCAAAUGAAUCUGGAAGCAUCCAGUGGAAAAUUUGUGAAUUAUUAUUUCUCUUCCUUUCUCUCCUGAUGGAUUGGAGGUAAGAGGCGUCACAUUCACUCGAUAAAAAAUAAACUUUUACUCCAAUUCCAACCUAUUUCCGAUAAUUAGGUGAAAUGCGGCUUUUAAACCCUGAAAUAUUAUACAAAACUUACAUAAUGAUCAUAUUUCAAGUCGACAUUCCACUUGCCAACUCCUCCAGUGAUGCUGUGUGAUGCGUAAAUCACUUUGCACUGUUUGUCUAUUUCAAACCAAUUAAAAUCAACCCGAAUAAAAAUUUUGACUUAAAUUAAUUCAGCAAACCAACAGAAAUGUUCCUGUUUGGGUUAAAAUUUUUACCGUUUUUUGGGGAUAAAAGCCACAAAUAGGCUUAAUAUCAAUCCAUGUUUUACCUCAGUUGUGUUUAUAUUGGCAAACAAUAAACAGAAAACUCUGAACUCAAGCUAAAAUUGGACUCUUCUUGUCGUAGAUGAGAAAUGGCGUCAGGGUUUUCAGAAACCCUGACGCCUCCAAAUUAAAUUGAGAAAAUUUUUGCUUCACUUCGAUGCAUUACAGGUGUCCAAACAAGACAUUUAAUUCAGCAUGGAAAGAAAAAGCUGACAUUUUAGCUAGCUGUGUUUCCAUCCACCAUUUGACAUUUUGAAAAUUAAAUCGCUUAGUUUAGAAAAAAUAAAUUGGUUUUCAAUGGAUGAUGUCGGGGUUUUUUUUCCGGCCGUAUCAAAAUUUGUUUAUUUCGCUAAACUGCAACAGAAAUACUUUUUGCGUCACACGAGUCACGUGACCAACAACUGGAUAUUGACACUGAUGGAAACCAUGAAGAAGAACACAGGAAGUGAUAGGAGGAUGAUGAUGUUUCUUAAUGACUUACAGUAUCUUGUAAUAUAAUUAUUCACAUGUGAUUUAAAUUGCGCUUCUUAUUUAAAAGAAACACGGCAAUGUUUUUUGACAUUAGCGGGAUAUUUACAAGUUUUGCGUACAUUUGUAAUGGAAACGCAGCUACUGAUUACCAGACAAAAUAACUUUUUAGGUAAAUUGCAUUUGAUCCCUACUUAAUUUUUUAUCCAAUUAAUGCGUUUUUUACUUAACAAAAAAGAAGUUAAUAACUGGAGAACACGUUAAUGGUUUUCCAGAUGCCACCCACAGAUUAAUUUAAAUUUUUUGUGUUUUUAAAAGAUUUCAAAAUGUCAACCCUCCUUUGCAAACAUUUAAAUUGAAGUUCUGAAACGAUGAAGAAACUGAUUCUACUGGCAAAUUGCAGCUAAAUUUUUUUAAAUUUGUGCAACAGAUCUGAAUGGAAAACGGCAGAGAUAUUUUCCCACACACAGCAUCGCUCCUCUUUCUCUUUCCUGCAUGGAAAAGGCAUUCCCAAAUGGAAACGGUUUCCUCUACAGUCCGGAUAAUAAACGGAGACACUCAGCAGCUUUUCCUGCAACAGAAACAUGCCAAAACACACCCAAAAACAAAAAGGUAAAAUGUUUCGUUAUGCAACAGCCUUUCAGUGCAAAAAAAACCAAACAAAGCAAAAAGCAGUCCCUCCUUUCUCACUACAGUUCGCUGGUUUCGGGUUUUUAACGUUUGUCUCAUGAUGUUAAUGUAUUUAACAGAAAUGUGAAUGCAUAUUUGUUCAGAAUCAACAGAAAAAAAACUAGCUCCGAGUUUGUGGUAAAUAACUACUCGCCUCUGUCAUGUUUUUAUUUUUCUACCUUCUUAUUUUGUUUUAAAGAUGAUGUAUGUUUGUACAUGAAGUGUGUGUGUGGGCGUGUGUGUGUGUGUAAGCGAUUAAUACUGUAUAUCUGGUGUUCUCUGAGAUGGAAACAGACGAAGAUGUUCUGUUUGGUUUCUCUUUUUGACUCUUUCAGAUCCUGCACAGUUACCUGUGGGUGUUUUAUUCAGAUAAACUAUGCCAGAGAAUGGUUUGUUUUUAUUUUUUAAAGCGACUGCUGAAUGUGAUUUUACUGAGAGAAAGAGAGAGAGAGAGAGAGAGAGAGAAGCGGUGUGGACUGGCUUUUUGUACGGGUUAAUUUAAAAGAAAAAAAGGCCAUAUUAUUUAAUUUUCUCUGUUGGCAGAAGGUUUAAGCAGAGCUGGGAGAGUGGAGCCUUGGUUUUCAGGGGAAGCAUUGAGUUUCUGACUGAUCUGUUUGGGUGUUUUUAUCAUUUUCUGCAUCCGUAGUAAAAAAAAAAAAAAAAAGACCAAAGCUUCAACGCGUUUGAUGGAUUUCAUAUGCAAACCUCAUCGUCACUGGACAACACAUAAUGUAGCGGCUCUUCUUCGUUUCUGGUUCUCCUGCGCGCUCGUUUUCGUCUUUUCAGAGUGGCCUAUCAGCGUUGAAACCCUGUGAUGUCCCAAAGUUUGCUCAGUUUAGACUCUGCCAAUGCCGUCUUUUUGAGCCCGAAGUGCUAUCACCUGUUUACAGGGAAAAAAACAAAAAACAUUGCAACCAUUAGCUAUGCACCUUACCUAAACAAGCAUUUCCUCAUUUGUAAUGUAGAAGUUACACUGGAGUGACACUAAGCCAUUCAUUUAAAGAUGAAAACAAACCCAUGCUUGAUGACCUAUCAGCUUUCAGUCUCAUUCUUCAACCGAAUACUUUAUACCAAACUUGAGGUGCCUCGUGUAUAUAUUUGCUGAUUAACAAUAACCUUGUUAACCAGGGUUUUUUUUUUUUAAUGAGAAAAAAAAACAAAUUUUUACUGUAUAAAUGACUUUUUUUUACACAUGUAGAUUAAUCAGAUUAUCCCAGGAAUUUGCAAAUACAAUCUAAUUCUGCACUUUAUAUAUCCGGAUCCGCUCGGGGUGAAAAAGGCCUUUAAGUCAGAUUAGCAUUCGGAGAUAAAGUGGCUCCUGAAAGUCUACAAAACUCAGCUAAAAUGCAAAGUUUGACCUUUAGAUCAUGAUAAAUCAUUUCAAAACUUUUUUCCACUUCUGUUGUGUCAUAUUUUUUGUAUUCGUCUGAAAAACAAAGUAUUUUAAAAGUAGUAUUGUUUUCACAUCCUAAAUCAGUAUUUAGUGUUCUGUUUGUUAGCAUCUUGGGAAGUUUUUUAAGUCUCUCUGAAGUCAAAACAUAUUUUCAUUUAUACCGCGGAAAUUUUUAAUCGCCUUAUUCUGAAUUAUAUUCUUGUGCAAUGAGGCUUCCAAUGGUGGGCUAACCUGCUAAUGUGCUAAUAGCAGAGCUACAUUUUUGUAUAGCACCUUAGCUGUCAAUAUUAGCUUCUGAGAUGGUUCCAAGAUUAUUUAAUCUGUCAAUUUUAAUCCAUAUAAAUGUCUAAAUUGAACUGUUAACGUAGGAAGUUAUAAUUGUUCGCAAGUAUUACUGGAUUUCAGUUAUUUAUGAAGGUGUUGGCGGAGCUAAUUCUUUGCUAAGCUAACUUUGAAAACAUUUAGCGCACUUAGCUUCCCAUAAAUUAAGAAAGUUUGUGUUUACUUGGCUGUGUUGUAAACUUUCAGUUGAAUAAAUUUCGGCACCUGUGUUCUAAUUAUCAUGCUCUUAUUUUUAAUUGGAGAAGAUUGUUUACGGAGCAGUUUACUUUCCUCAAUCUUUUUUUUCCACCUCACGUUCUCCUCCCACGAUAGUGACGCUUAUUCUAUACCCAUAAUGCAUUGCUGUACCAGUUUAAAGUAUACUGACCGAAGCCCUUCCGUGUAGCAACAGAGUUAGCAACACUCAAUGACUAUAAAACUAAAAUGAGAAUUUUUUCCCGCCAAAUAAUCAAUACCUGAAGCACAACCAUGUAGACGUGUGCAACAACAAUUUUUCGAUAUAAUGUUUGUUUUUUAUUUUUAGCUGGUUGAAUUUAGAACGUUAGCAUUAGCCAAAUGCCAUAUUGGAAUAGCGCUUCAGCGUUAGCUCAACUGACAUUUUGGAUUAGCGGUUUUUACCACUGGAAACUUUCCGUCUUAUUUUGUGCAUUUAUCUCCCGCUAUCGUUUCUUUCUGGUUAAUCAGAUUUAUUGAAAAAUUGAUGUUAACUGCCUACAGAAGAAAAGUGAAUGCUGAAAGUGAAUUUAUUAAAGUUUCAAAAAGUUGUGCAACAAAGUUGUUUUACACAAACGAACCUGUUUUUGUUUGUUCUUCAAUUGAAUUAAGCAGAAAAUUUGUUGAAAUAAUUAUAAAAAGCACCAUUUUCGGUGGGUUUUGUAGACUUUUGAGAGCCGUUUUAUGGUAAAAAUUUAAGUUCAGGUGAACUGGAGCCAUUGUGGGGAAACAAAAACAAGCUAAAAACUGUACACAGCAGCUGCUUUCUCUGUGGGUUUAUCGUAAUAACUAUGCUGUUCUUCUUCAGGUGACAUCCUCUCCCUCCUUUCUGCGCUGUUGAACUCUUAAAAUCCUCCUUUCUGGCUUGAACUCUGAACAUUCCUGCUCCUGGCCGUUUUCUGCAGCAGCGUUCGCUUUCCUCUCUUUCUCUCUCUCUGUGUCAGUGGGAAGUGUGAGACCUUACCUCUUACCUGUCCAAACGAUUGUGCACUGAUGUAAACGACAACGCACCACUCGUGUCGCUUGUCUUCUCUGUUUUUGCUUGUGUUUUUUUGGGAGUCCCUGCGGCGGUUUUUUAUUUUUUAAAGUUGUUGAACAACCAGGACUUCCUUCCAGCUCAUUCCUAAUGCAGGUUUUCGAAGCUAUUCUCACCACGGCGUCAGUUGUCGAGUAUUAUAAAUGCUGCCUUAAGCAAAGGUUUAGUUUUUUCUCACCACUUUUGUUUCUCUGGGUGGAUAUUUUAAGAGUAGAGACCAAGGUUCCACUUCCUCCCUUGUAAAAAUUAAUAUAAAUAGAUAUAUAAAUAUAUAGACAAAUAUAUAAUAUACAUUUUACUCAUUUCUUUGUCCAGUUUUGUAUAUAAAACUCAUGUAAAGUUUGUUUUUAAAGGGGCAUCAGAGCAGCUACUACAAGACAAUAUGAGUGACAGUGUUCACCUGGGAGAAUUUUAUGCAUGUUAUGUUUUCUUUUUCUCUCUCGGACUCUUUUAAAAAACCCUCAGACCCUCCCGCUCUCUCUCGUUCAGGUGUGUAACGUGAAAAUAAAAGAAAUCUACCUUUUUCUUUGGGAAUGUUGUAGACAAUCAGUCUCAGGCCGGGUCCAGUCCCAGCGGGGAGUGAGAGCCCUGGAGGCUAUAAGACAAACUAAACUCUUUUAUUUUUUAUUUGUUUUUUUGUCUACUGGAAGUCCAAACUCGGAGGUUUGUUCAUUCAUAUGUUCGUGGCUGCUCUCAAGUUUACACAGAAACACACACACACCGACACACACUUCUCGACUACACUCAAAACACAAACACCUCGUGCAUUUGGUCCCUCUGCUUUUUGUUUCCAAGGUGAGGAUGCCAACCUUGUGGAAAUGAUGCUUUGACUAACAAAUCUAUAACAUCUAUGAAUGUGGGAAUGCAACACAUUGCAAUAAAAGCACCAUCUGAAAUGCAA